CAAAGAUAUACCCUGUAAUUAUUGGUCAGAAAUCCUUUUACUGAGCUAAAGAGGUGGAAGAAGCUUGCAACAGGGCGGAGGACCGUCCCUUUCUGGAGACUUGGAUGGAGAACACGCGUAGGUGGCUCUCAAUCACUCUGAGGAUUAACUCAGCGUGGAGGCUGAACUGGGGGAAGUGCUAGGUGCAGCGGUGCAAAGACCUGUCUGGUGAGAUUUGAUCUGCGUUCCCUAUCUCAGUCACUUGAUCGCUCUCACUGCAGAGACGUUUGCUCAGCUAAACAGAGCAAGCUGGCUUAAUGCGGAGAAAAGCUGCCGUAAUUAUAAGGCUCGCCUGCCAGCCGAAGGAGGAUGGCUCCAUUUGCACUGACUGAAAGGGAAAAACAAGCAACUGUGUCCGGUGAAGGGCUUCUCGAGACCUGUUUUGGAAUCUGACUGUGUCUGCGUUGUUUGCGUUGGAUUUUUUUUUUUACAAGGCGCGUCUGUGGAUUCAAAAGGCACUCUUGUAUACAAACCUAUGGUAUUUUGUUUGAGCGCAGGGGGGAAAUGGGCUGCGCGGAGUUGUGCGGUAAGAAAAGCAUCACACCUUGUAUUGACACUGAAUAUCGUGAAAAUCUGAUGGAACAAAAUAAAACCAAAGCAUGGGGAAAAAAUGAGGAGUGAGAAGACUAUAUUUCCCUGACGCUCAGUAAACUGAGCAGGGCUAAUGUUUUUUCUGCAAGGUGUUUGAACCUGACUUACAAUGGAAAAACUGCUUUUCUAUCUGCUGGUCAUUGGCAUGGCAGUUAAGGCCCAGAUCUGUCCAAAGCGCUGUGUCUGUCAAAAUUUGUCCCCCAACCUUGCAACACUCUGUGCCAAAAAAGGGCUUCUAUUUGUGCCACCGAACAUCGACCGGCGUACCGUGGAGUUGCGUCUGGCCGAUAACUUUGUUUCAAGCAUCAAACGGAAAGACUUUGCCAACAUGACCGGCCUGGUGGACCUUACCCUGUCUAGGAAUACAAUUAGCUUCAUCACUCCUCAUGCUUUUGCUGACCUCCGCAACUUGCGGGCCUUACAUCUAAACAGCAAUCGACUAACUAAGAUUUCCAAUGAUAUAUUUAGCGGUCUCUCCAACCUUCAUCACUUAAUUGUAAACAACAAUCAGCUCACUCACAUCUUCUCAGAGGCUUUUAAUGAUGUUUUGGCAUUGGAAGAGUUGGAUAUAUCCUAUAACAACCUGGAAACCAUCCCUUGGGAAGCCAUUGAGAGAAUGGUUAGCUUGCACACACUCAGCCUGGAUCACAACAUGAUUGACUACAUCCCUGAGGGAACUUUCUCCCACCUCCACAAGCUAACACGCUUAGAUGUUACCUCCAACAAACUGCAGAAACUCCCACCAGAUCCACUCUUCCAGCGUGCUCAGGCUCUGGCUACGUCAGAUAUCACGACUUCUUCAUCUUUUGCUCUAAGCUUUGGGGGGAACCCAUUGCACUGCAAUUGCGAACUGCUUUGGCUGAGGCGGCUCACACGGGAGGAUGAUUUAGAGACUUGUGCCACACCAUACCAUUUAACGGGACGAUACUUUUGGUCUAUCCCAGAAGAGGAGUUCUUGUGCGAGCCUCCACUCAUCACUCGCCAUACACACGAGAUGAGGGUUUUGGAAGGCCAGCGGGCUACACUGAGAUGCAAAGCCAGAGGGGACCCAGAACCAGCUAUUCACUGGAUUUCGCCUGACGGCAAGCUCAUCUCCAACUCUUCCAGGGCACUUGUUUACGAUAACGGGACGCUUGACAUCCUCAUCACCACUGUGAAGGACACAGGCUCUUUCACAUGCAUCUCUUCCAAUCCAGCUGGGGAAGCCACUCAAGUAGUGGACCUGAACAUAAUCAAGCUCCCCCACUUGAUUAACAGCACAAACAACAUUCAGGAGCCUGACCCUGGCUCCUCAGAUAUAUCCACUUCCACUAAAUCUGGUUCCAACACAAGCAACAACACAGGGGACACAAAGAUAAACCAGGACAAAAGGGUGGUGAUUGCAGAGGCAACCUCAUCAACGGCCCUUAUUAAAUUUAAUUUUCAGAGGAACAUCCCGGGUAUCCGCAUGUUCCAAAUCCAAUACAAUGGCACCUACGAUGACUCCCUUGUUUACAGAAUGAUCCCUCCCACAAGCAAAAACUUCCUUAUUAAUAACUUGGCUGCGGGAACUACUUAUGACCUGUGUGUCCUGGCUAUCUAUGAUGAUGGCAUCACCUCACUCACUGCAACCAGGGUUGUGGGUUGCAUCCAAUUCACAACGGAGCAGGAUUAUGUCCGCUGUCACUUUAUGCAAUCCCAGUUUCUCGGUGGUACAAUGAUUAUUAUUAUUGGUGGGAUCAUCGUGGCAUCUGUACUUGUCUUCAUCAUCAUCCUGAUGAUCCGGUAUAAAGUGUGCAACAGUGGGGACCCAAACAAGGCCACAAAGGUCAGCAACAUGCACUCCCAAACCAAUGGGGCUCAAGGCCAGGGCUGCGGGGGAUCACUACCCCCCUCAAACUCAAAGCUGGCCUUGGGGGAGGAGGAAAGUGCCCAGUGUCACAAGGCUUUCUACAGAGACACUGUGACACAGUCAUCAGAAACCUGCUCCAUCCCCGAUUGCUCCACCACUACCUCUCUGGUAGCCCAGAACUGGACCUCCAGCACGUCUGGCUCUCCAAAGCCAAAACGUAAGCCUGGGCCGAAGUCAUCGGCUGAGCCCAAGAUUGAUACUCUGCCCAACGCCGAGACUCAGAACACAAACCGUAAUAACUCCACAGCGCUGCAGCAGCCCAGCCGUUCUCCACCUAUCCAGCCUAAGCAGAACCCAUCUUUUAGAAGAGCACAAUCCAAGCCCAAUAAAUACCUUACCCUACCAACAGAGAACUUGAGAGCAAAACGCAGGCAUUCUCUCAAUGAAGACUUUUCUAAGUGCAACUACUACAUCAAUUCUCAAAAGCUGGGAAGCUUGUGGUCUAAACGGAGCCUAUCAAUGAACGGCAUGUUGUUGCAGUUGGAAGGCUCAGAUAGUGGGAAAGCUACCUUCUCAAGUUCGGAGUGGAUACUGGAAAGCACUGUGUGACUUAAUUAUUAUUAUUUUUUUGCAUCUUUUUAUUUGUUUAGUUUUUUUUAGUUUUUCUUUUUAAAGCUAACAGUGAAGGGAUGUUUGCCUUGCAGGAAUUUGGAAUUCCGUACUUGUCUCAGCUUAUAAAUGCUACUUCCAGCAGGGUUGUGAAUAAACAUAAUUGUGCCCAUGUGGCAUUGUGACAGCAAGCAGAGCAGCAUUCAAUGACGUAAAUAAUAAUGGAAAAAAAAAACAGAAAGACUGCAAAAGAAAAGCACAGUGCCUUCCCUUGCAUAAAGAUUGGCUUCCUGAUUCAGCUGUAGGAGGAACCCAAUGAAAAUAACUUUGUGUUAUGGGGUCUAGGUGUCUGGAGGGUAGAGUAGGGGUGGAAAGAUUUCACACAAGGCCUUUUUACAAAGGAAAUGAAAUUUCCUGGAUAUUAUAGGGAAAAAAAGAGACUUGUUACGGGAUGUCUUAUUAAGUUGGUAUUUUUAAAGAAAAAAAAUCAAGUUUUCUUUAAGUGACAUUGAUAUUGACAUUAUUUUCAGGCAAAAAAAAAAAAGAAAGAAAGAAAAACCCUGUACAGAAAAAAG